AUUUUGCCCACAUCACAAUGGAUGAAUGAUUUGCUGCUUCUCGGGCGUAAAUGAGCUUCGUGUGAAUUAUGUUUGACACUUUAUCUUCCUGAGACUUUGAAAGGCAACAGUGAAGUGCAUCUCAACGUCUCCUUGACGUUAGCACAGCUCUGAGUCCCGCCUCUCCCUGAGUCUGUUAGUCAAAGUGGGCGGAAGUUUCAGUCCUUUAUUUCAAAAAAUGAGUGAUGUCAAACAACAGGAGCUGACUCUCUCUCUCUCUCUCUGUCUGUCUGUCUCUCUCUCUCUCUUUCUCUCUCAACGUCAGCUGCAUAUAAAGCAGCUUUUCGAAUUAGCCACAUCAGGAAAAUGUUACGACGGUCCGCGGAUGGAGGAGCUUACAUGAUGCUUCAGCUCAUUCAGGUGGUCGACACAGUGGGAUCUUUCAGAUGACUCUGCACGGGACAGCAUUGCGCUAUUCUCCAGGCUGCGUAACGUAGCGAGAUCAGCGCGAGCCAGCGAGCAUUGCGUCCUCACAGCAUGAGUCGCUAUCGCAGUGACACAGAACCGGACUCACUCCCAGCAAACUCGUCAUCUGUGUAAUUUAUUAGCUCGGGACAGCUUACCUGCUCGACUGUAGGGGUGAAAACUCAGCCAGUGUAGACGUAAGCGAGCGCGCGGCUGCUUAACGACACUCAACCGACUGCGGCUCAGUUUGAAAUGGGCGGGAAGCUGCACGCAACUCUCAAGCACGUCCCUUCUAAAAGUCAUUGGACGGCUGCAGCUCGGCGGCGCUCGUAGCCUCAUUUGUUCUUUCAUCCGUUUUCAGACGUGCGAUUGGAGGUAUCGAGAGGCUCCUGUGAACUCUAGAUGACAGCAAUUGGAUGGCAGGGGAUUUUUUUUAACAGCGUGCACCUGCAUAUCAGGACUAUUUGAAGUGUAUUUGUGACCUGCAGAUAAGCUUUAGAUCUCUCAGCGCUGCCUGAGGGGCGCCAAUACUUAAUCUGCUGCUGCGUCAUGUCAUUCGGGUUUCAUCUGGAGCGAUCUGUUUUCUAGAGGGUUUCCAGUAUUUUUUUGUUUUUUGUUUUUUUUCUUCGGAGAUCAUUAAGUGGAUGCAAGAACAGCACGGGUUGUCCUAGCACGAGCCAGGCUGCUGCCCGGGUACAGCGCGUGAAGCAGAGACAACAAGGAGGCAGGAGGGAGAAAUCGUCAUGCUGAAGUUGGCUCGUGUGUGAUUGUACAGCACGUUUUCGGCCGGUGGUGACUAAAAGCCUCCUCCUCGGAUAGAGAUGGCGUGAUAUCCCUGUUUUUCCGCGCUGAGAGCGAUCGCUACAGUGGGACGAUAUUAAAGCUGAGGUGGGCGGACCUUGGCAUAGCACCAUUUUUUUGUGGGGGGCUGGAAGAAGAGACUAUUUACUACAGAUCCGUGUUGAUUUGCGUUACAACCAGCAUUGGUCUUCAAAAGCAACAUCACAGGGUUUUAAUUGAAUCUGUUAUAUAUCUUUGUUUUUUUUUUUCUUCACUCGCUCAACAUCUUGGGAAGAUCAUGGCCGAAGCCCCAGAUGUAAACAGGUUGUCCACUGCUGCUGCGAGAGGAGACUUGAGAGAAACUGAGGAGAUACUGGAGAGCAACAUUAACGUGAAUGCGAAGAACAAAUUCGGCAGGACAGCACUGCAGGUGGUGAAGCUCGGCUGUCCCUCUGUAGCGGAAGCCCUGCUGCGCGCGGGCGCUGAUCCAAACGUGCCCGACCCCAGCGGAGGACUGACGGUGAUGCACGACGCGGCGCGCGAGGGCCACGCAGACACGCUGCAGGUGCUGCUGAGGUAUGGAGCAGACGCCAGUCUCCAGGACGACGCUGGGAAUCUGCCGCUGCAUCUGGCGGCGCGCGAGGGACAUCAGGGCGCAGUGGAGCUCCUGGCCCCGCACACCGCACAUCCGCUUCUGCCCAACCAUGCGGGUCUCACGCCCCUGCAGCUGGCAUCACAACAUCACAGAGACGAUACGGCACGCUGGCUAGAGAACUACCGGCAUGUGCCUUCACAACCAGAGUAGGUAGAGGAGCGCCCGCUUUGUGCUGUGACAGAGGUAGUGUAGAAAAACAUGCUGAAUGGGCGUUUUGGUAGUAUUCGAGAAAUAUUCAGCUAACUACCUCUUUUUUAUAUUGUGAAAUCUGGGCAGUGAAGCUGCGAGGAAAGAGCUGGAACGAAGGCUAUUUUGAAGCACACACGUUUUGAAGGCCAAACGUUUUUACAGGCCUAGGCUGCUUUCUGUUAGUGUCCCGUUACAUAUGAUAAUCUUUCAUCAGUGUUUCAAUUGGUUUGAUUUUUUAAGGGUAUUCAAAUUGGAAUUUUUUUUUUUUUUUUUUUAUUAAGGUGUCACAUGUCAUUAGACUACACUCACUACUCCUCUAAGAAAUAAAGGUUCCAAACAGUACUUUUCCUUGUCGGUGGUUGGUACCAUCAUGGGUGCAUGUUCUAUACCCUAUUUUACCCCAGAAAGUUCAUGUAGUGUACUUUUGAUUAGCUUUUACAAUAAAAUAACAUUAAACUGUACAUUUCUUUGUCACUGGCAUGGUACCAUUAAGGGUGCAUUUAAUAUAUUUUUAAUCUUUUGACCUGGACACGUGAAUACAGUAUCUUUAAAAUGAUUUAAGGUAAAUAAAAAUGGACUGAAAUUAGUUUUUAGAGUAAAAUUUUAAUUAUAUGCACGUUUCUAGGUCAAAGAUACAUACAAAAGGUGUACAUUUGAGAGUAUCACCCCAACCAUGAGGAAAGGUGCAGUUUAGUAGCCUUUUUUCUGACCGCAUAAGCCUAGAGUAGUAGUUCUUAUGCAUCUUAAAUUAUUUUUUAAAGGUUUCUAUAAGUAAAAUAUACAUAGCCUCCUACUAAAUGUAGGCUUCAAUCCUUUACCAUUUCCCCUUGAUGGUACCACUACACAGAAAAAGUAGUCUAGUACCUUGAUUUCUGAGAGUGUACAGAGUAUGAUAUAACAAUAAUAAUAAUAAUAAUAAUAAUAAUAAUAACAAUAAUAAUAAUGGCUUCAUGUGGUGUGCACUAUAUAUAAUGCAUAAUCACUUGCCCAUAUAUGUCCAAUUACCUGCCAAAUUUGAACAUUUUCAAGCCAGUUGUGAAUUUUCUUCCAGUGAGUGUGAUUGCUUUUCAGUGAGUGUAGCCCAUCUGAUGAGCGAAAAAAUCCUGAUGUAUCAAAGAUCAGAACUCAUUCCUGCUUCGAGAUCUUUCUCUGCCCUGGUUUACUGAAAUGAUUGCACUAUAGGUCUCUGAAGGCCAGAAGCAUGUCUCCAGUGCCAGCGCUUUGAUUCCUCGUCCUUUUUUAUUUGCUUCCGUUUGUCUAAUAAAUUGCACUUUUGCUUGUAGAUAAAUAAUGCAUUUUUUUGAUACUUGUAAAACUGUAACUGUGAACGAAUGUGUUUUUUUGUUGUUGUUGUUGCUGUUGCAAAACAAGACAUUGUAUUUUCUCAGAAGAAACCAAAGACAGUCGAUACACGAUUUCCAAAAAAAAAAGGAAAAAAACAG